CCUUAAAAACUCUGUGUCUUCUUCAUCUUCUUCUUUGCGCCGACCGUUCACUAUCUCUCUCUAAAACCCUACUCAAGCAAAAGCUUCUUCAAUCUUCUUCGUAAUUAACCAUGUCGUUAGAAGAGGAGAUAGUAUCAGAUGAUGAGAUGAACAUGAUUGAUGAAGAUGACGCAACUGACUCUGAAGCAGAGUCUCUUUCAGAUUCCGAUACAGAGAACGAGAUAACAGAGAAAUUACCUGAGCCUACAAAGACUGCAGUAUACAACAGAGCAGGGUUGCUUGAUAAACUUCAAGAUAUAAGCUGGCCUGAAGAUGUUGAUUGGAGUCAUAAGCUCACUAUUGUGAUUGACCAGGAACAAGCUAUUGAUGUGAACGAUGACCUUACGAGGGAGAUGGCGCUCUACAAUCAAGCUCAUCAAGGGACAACACAAGGGUAUGGUAAGUUCCAGGAGAGGGAUGAGAUUUUCCUCAGGCCGGCUAAUUACUAUGCGGAGAUGGUAAAGUCGGAUACUCAUAUGGAGAAAGUGAAGUCUAAGCUUUUGUAUGAGAAGAAACAGAUGGAGGAGUCUGAAGAGAGGAGGAAAGCUAGGGAUAACAAGAGAAUGGCUAAGGAAGUACAGUCUCAGAAGAUGAAGGAACGUGCUAAGGAGAAGAAGGAUAAUAUUGAGUCUGUGAAGAAGUGGAGGAAACAGAGGCAGCAGAGUGGUUUUAGUGAUAAAGAGGGUGUGCCUGAACUUGAUUUUGAGAGUGGUAAGAGUUUCCAGAGAGGUGGAGGUAAGAAAAGACCAGGUGUGUCUCCCGGGGAUCGAUCAGGUGGUAAAGGAAAGCCUGCUUCGAGGAUGAACAACAAGAAGAGGGAGUUUAGGGAUUCCAAGUUUGGUCAUGGUGGUGGGAAGGGUUUGAGCAAGCAGAACACUGCAGAGACAACGAAUGAUUUCAAAGGUGGAUUUAGUGGUGGAAAAGCCAGUGGAAACAAGAGGCAGAAGAGGUGAAAAGGUUUGAUCAUCUAAACCCCAUUUCAAAAACUACUAUAAACUAUUUUGUCUUUCUUGGUUAUUUUAAGAACUUGUAUUUUCGUUUUGGAAACCCUGUGGUAAGGGUUUUAGAACCAAUAUCUUUUAGCUACAAUUUUGUACUAGUGAUUACUUGAAUUUAACAAAGGCCUGUGUGUUUUCAAAGA